AUGAGUAAGUUGCAGUCCGAGGUUCUCAAGGAUGCCAUUUCCCAGAUUGUUGGGGAUGCCAAAGAGAAGAAUAGGAAGUUCACCGAGACUGUUGAACUUCAGAUUGGUCUGAAGAAUUAUGAUCCACAGAAGGACAAGCGUUUCAGUGGCUCUGUUAAGUUGCCCCACAUCCCUCGUCCGAAGAUGAAGGUCUGCAUGCUUGGUGAUGCCCAGCAUGUUGAGGAGGCUGAGAAGAUGGGACUUGACUAUAUGGAUGUUGAGGCCCUCAAGAAAAUGAACAAGAACAAGAAGCUUGUUAAGAAGCUUGCCAAGAAGUAUCAUGCUUUCCUGGCAUCAGAGGCCAUCAUCAAGCAGAUUCCCCGUCUCCUUGGUCCUGGUCUCAACAAGGCAGGCAAGUUCCCUACGCUGGUUACUCACCAGGAAUCUCUUGAAUCCAAGGUGAAUGAGACGAAGGCUACUGUCAAGUUUCAACUGAAGAAAGUCCUUUGCAUGGGCGUCGCUGUCGGUAACUUGUCAAUGGAGGAGAAGCAGAUCCAGCAGAACAUCCAAAUGAGCGUCAACUUCCUCGUGUCCCUUCUGAAGAAGAAUUGGCAGAAUGUGAGAUGCCUGUACGUCAAGAGCACCAUGGGGAAACCAUACAGGGUGUUCUAA